AUGCGCGUGACGCCCGCCGCCGCUCGUGGCGGUGACGCGGGCGCCAUGGCGGAGGUGGCGGCGAGCCCGCGGCCGGAGGACUGCCCCGGCACCGGCAGCGCCCAGGCGGGCAGCGCCGCCGCCUGCCAGGGAUGUCCCAACCAGCGGCUGUGCGCGGCCGGCGCCGCGCCGGACCCGGCGGAGGCGGCGGAGCUGCGCGCGCGGCUGCGCUCCGUGAAGCACACGGUGCUCGUGCUCUCCGGCAAGGGCGGCGUGGGCAAGAGCACGUUCAGCGCGCUGCUGGCGCGCGGCCUCGCGGCGCGCGACGACACGCAGGUGGCCCUGCUCGACAUCGACAUCUGCGGGCCGUCCGUGCCCAGGAUGAUGGGCCUCGAGGGCGAGCAGGUUCAUCAGAGUGGCUCUGGAUGGUCCCCUGUGUAYGUUGAAGAAAACUUAGGGGUCAUGUCAGUGGGAUUCCUGCUCAGUAGCCCUGAUGACGCUGUCAUCUGGAGAGGACCGAAAAAAAAUGGGCUGAUCAAACAAUUUCUCCGUGAUGUGGACUGGGGGGAGGUCGACUACCUCAUCAUAGACACGCCGCCCGGCACGUCGGAUGAGCACCUAUCUAUUGUGCAGUACCUCAGCGCAGCACACGUGGAUGGUGCUGUUAUAAUCACCACCCCACAGGAAGUAUCACUUCAGGAUGUUCGGAAGGAGAUUAACUUCUGUCGUAAAGUGAAAUUGCCGAUCAUAGGUGUUGUUGAAAAUAUGAGUGGCUUUAUAUGUCCAAAGUGUAAGAAUGAAUCCCAGAUCUUUCCCCCAACUACUGGAGGUGCAGAAAAGAUGUGCCAGAAUUUAAAUAUUUCCCUCCUGGGUAAAGUGCCUCUAGAUCCACAAAUAGGAAAAAGCUGUGAUAAAGGCCAGUCUUUCCUGGCUGAAGUACCUGAAUCUCCAGCUACAUUAUCUUACCGAAGUAUAAUUCAAAGGAUCCAGGAAUACUGUGAGCUACAGCAUUCUCAAGAAGAAAAGAUUAUCUAAUCAAUGAAUGGAAUAAAAAUUUUGUUCACAUCAAUUACAGAAAUGUAACUUAUGCCUUGAAAUAAUAGAAGUAUAUCAUUUUGUAUAUUGCAAAUAUAUUCCUAAUAUUCU